CGUCCGAGUUUUCGAGCGUUUGUUUGUUUUGCAUUCUUAUUCUUUGGCUCUUUUUAUGCGUGGAAAUGGAGACCAUAUCCGGACAGUUUUGUGAUGACUUUUGUUUUAGGAUUUUGGGUGGCUGUUACUGGUCUUUUGGCUCUCACUUCAUUGGACAUGGCUAGAAAACGUGUAUCGAUGUCCCACACAAACCAGACAGCCAUCAGCCAUUACCUCAUGUUCUCCUGUCUCUCUUGGUUUGGCUGGUACAUGCGACGUAAGCUGGAAGUGGAAACACAAAACUGCAGGGAAGUCCAGGAGAAGGUCCUUUUGGAAAGAUUACAGCUAAAUUCCGAAACAGGUUAUGGCAAAGAAUUCAAAUUUAAAGACGUAAAAAAUCGUGAUGACUUUGUUCGAAAUCACCCUCUAACGCGAUACAGUCAUUAUGAGCCCUAUAUUCAGAGAUUACUGAAAGGGGAGGAAAGCGUGUUAACUAAAGACCGACCUGUCAUAUUUGGGGUUACCUCAGGUACAUCAGGGAAAAGCAGUGUGUUGCCUAUGAUCAGGAAGCAGCGAGCUCAUUUCUUCUUUAAGGGCACUUCCAUUGUUUGUCAAGCUAUGCUGGAGUCCUAUCCCAACACCUAUCAGCUGCAAAAAACUCUCAAAUUUUUUUACACCCCGAAAUGGCGGACUUGUGAAGCAGGGAUUCUUGUUGGAACAAAUUCCUCUUCUCCUUCCAAUUCCGGGGCCUUGCUGAAUAUUUAUUCAACCCCCAAAGUGGUCGAGGUUAUGGAGGUGCCAAAAACGCUCUAUCUGCAUUUACUGUUUGGUCUACGAGACCGUAAUAUCGGCUCGUUAGAAGCGAACUUUGCCUCCUCCAUAUACACAGGUUUCAAAGCGCUGGAAGUUCACUGGAAGCAGCUGGCAGAUGAUGUGGAAGGAGAGGUGCAUCCAGGCCUUGUUAUAGAUAACAAUAUUCGAUUAGAGCUGAACAGACUUCUAACACCAGACCCUCAGAGAGCUGGUGAGAUCAGAAAUGCCUGCAGUGCUGGACCGGUGGGCUUGGCCAUGAAGCUUUGGCCUCACUGUCACAUGUUAUUGACUAUAGAUACGGGCACUUUUGCCCUGUAUGGGAAAAUGCUGGAAGACACUUACUGUAAGGGUAUACCGCUAUACUCAUGUUUGUACGGGCCACAGAGGGACUUUUGGGGAUUAAUGUUUGUCCAGAAAGACGGCCCUGCUCGUUAUGUGCUUGUGCCCACGUCCAUGUUUUAUGAGUUUAUACCUGAGGAAGAUUGUGACAAAGACCAGCCUUGCACACUGUUUAUUGAUCAGGUGAAGGAAGGCUGUCUGUAUGAGAUGGUGAUUACAAAUGUGAGUGGGCUGUGCAGGUACAGGUUUGGGGAUGUCAUUAAGGUUGUCGAUUUCUACAACACCUGCCCAAUCAUUGAGUUCAUGUACAGACAAGGUCAGUUUCUGAACGUCAAUUCUGAGAAAACAUCAGAGAUCAGUUUUUACAAGGCGUUGACAGCAGCAGUGUCCAAGUGGUCAAAAGUGGGACUGACUGAUUAUUGCUGUGCUGAGAGCGUGCUCAUGCAAAGAGAUGCAUCUGCCAGCCUUGUUCCCCAUUACCUGGUGUUUCUGGAGUUAGAAGGCUCAGAUAAGGAUGUCAAGGCAGUAAGGCAGCAAUUUGACCUGAUUGAUAAGGAGCCUUGGUGUGGGAUAUCCUAUGUGUACCAAUCAUUCCGUGUCAAGGACAGCAUUGGGCCCAUGGAAGUUGCACCUUGUCCAGUUCUGGAUCUUUCCCUGGAGCUACGUCAGUUUGCAUUGGAGACUCAGAAUGCUUCUCCAAAUCAAUACAAGGACAUGGAUGUUUUAGAAAGUGGACGAUCUGGUCUGCUCUUGCCAACAGAUUGUCAAAUGUUGAUGUCAAAUGGUGAUGUCAUUCCAAUGACAUCACCAUGUGAUGUCAUGGGGAUGAAGACAUACUACUUACCCACCCCAACCACCAACCCACUCCGACUUGUCAAACUGAAGAAGGAUAACUAG